AUGACUUCCUCCACUCAUAGAGACACCACUGAACACCACCGCAAGUCCCCCACUCACGACGAAGGAAAUACUAGGCUGAAACGGCGCUUCCAAGUCACACCACUAUGCUGCAAGCAAUGCAGCCACAACGCCUCUGAUCUCCUGUGUGGCGCGUUCCUGAUGACGAAAAAGAUUGCCCUCUUCUCCCUUGCACUGCAUGCUCCUAAUGAAAAAGGUCGCCCUGUGCUCCCUUGCAUCGCGCGGUGCAUUUCUGACAACGAAGAAGGGUGCCUUCUACUCCACUACGUCGUGCCUGUUGAAGAAGCAAUGCAACCACUCAUCUGGAUUGUUAGUGCUGAGGAUGAAACAACUGGUAACAAGAAUGGAAUCACCAUUAAUAAUGAGAAAGAAAGACUCUCAGGGGUUGAGAUUAAGAGAAUGAUUGAGGAAGCUGCAUUGUUCAGGGAAGAGGAUGAGAAGUUCAAGAAGAUGGUUGAAGUAAAGAAUUCUUUGGAUGAAUAUAUUUACAGCAUGGAGAAAGCUAUGAAGGAUUUUGAUGUAAGCUCAAAGGUUUCGCCUUCUGAAAAACAGAGAAUCAUGGUAGAGGUGUCACGGAUUGUUAGCCUCGUGGUCAUGGUAGAGGAAAGGUUUCUACUGCAUUCGAGCAAGUUUGACAGAGUUUGUGUAGAAAAAAGGAAGAAAGUGGAUGAUGCUGUCAACCCUGAUCUCCUCGCACUCCAACGAGCAUAA